AUGGGCACGUUGCUUGCACGGGUUGGGUCGCUCGCCUCGCUACCUUUUCGUCUAGUGAUCCACGAGUCAUGCAGCGGUUGGACGCGAACGCUCGUGCCAGGAGACAAAACCGAGUGCCCAGCCAAACCCUAUCUUCUUCCUCCCCCAAUCCCACAGCCGCCUCCUCCCCAGAUCCCACCGCCUCCUCCCCAGAUCCCGCCGCCUCCUCCUUCCCUGCUCCCGCUCCCGCCGCCCGUCUUCUCUCCGGCGAGCCGUCGCCGGUCUCCUCUCCGGCGGGCGCCAUCGGCCAUGUCCUCCCACUUCGGGUGCGGCAGCUCCUCAUGGCAUGACGAGGCAGAGAUGUGCGGAGGACCUUAUCUCCUCCGAUAUGUGGGCGCAGCAGCCCAGCGUUGCAGCCCCACUCCAGCCGCCGCGUCGCCCUCCUCCCCUAAGGUUUCUGAGGCGCUGCUGCCCUCCUCCCCUUCAUCCUGCUCAUCAAGGGAGGGAGGAGCGCAGCAAGAACGCGGGAGGGAUGAGGUCCGGCGGUGCGGCACCUCGGGGAGCUCGUCCGCCACCGUAUCUCCUCUGAUUUGUGGGCGCAGCAGCCCAGCGUUGCAGCCCCACUCGAGCCGCCACCUCGCCCUCCUCCCCUAG